CUAGCGUCAUGAGUCACUCGGCUGCUUGAGUUUAAUCAACCCCCAGGCCAAAGGUGGCAUACACAAGUUGCCAUAUAAUUCGGCAUACACAACAUCUUCCGAUUGCUACCAAGAGAUUUACUACUGGAAAGCUACGAUCAAAUCCCAAACACUGGACUCUUCCAUUCAUGUCGAGCAACAUGGCUCUUCAGACAUAUGCACCAACGACUCCCUCUCCAGUCUGAAAAUGCUCACCUUCCUAGACCUGCCGAAAAACGUUCGGAUGCAAACAUACAGUCUGCUCUGCCCUACGAUACCAGUACCGCCUGGUCUCAAAGGCGUUCAGACACUUCGUCAUGAUGGCGUGCGGUGCAGCGUCACAUUCCUUCGGUCUAAUCGCGCCAUCUAUAAAGAAGCCGGUCACUUUCUGUACACCUCCACGGCAUACACUCUGCGCUACAACAACGCAACCUGUCUGUUCUACUUCAUUAACAGCAUUUACGACGCCUCGGAGCUCCACAGUUUAAUGUCUCGACUGCGCAAAGUCCGCAAGUUGAUCUUCGAAAUCCGUUUGGGCGAUGACAUGUCACGUGCUGAGACAAGGCAAGGACUGAGCAUUCUAUAUGGUUUCGCAGCCUUGUUUGGGGAAUGUGAAAGAGAAUUACAGGCCUUGCAGUUGAAGGUUUUCCCUGUCGAAGAUGUAAUGAGGAAGGACGAGAUCAUUCUACCCAGUUUUUCCUUUGCCGAACUUGCGCUGGCGUGUCUGGUGGAGAUGGGGCAGGUCAACGAGGUAACAAUUGAAGCUUUUUGCGUGAAGAAGUGGAUGAGACCAGAGAUUCAGCCUGCAAACUGGGGCGAAAAGAGGUUGAAAUGGGAGAGAUUGGUCAGCGAUAUGAGUACUACUUUGAUGGAGGGCAGUAUCUUGCGGGGCACCAAAGACUGGCUAGAGCGUAUAAAUGGUGGCCAGGUUGAAUACCUCGAAGGAGAAGUCGACAGCGAUAAUGAAUAAGAGGCCGGCAGCAUCUCUAUGUCCCAUAUCACGAGUCCAGGCCAUAUCGAGUUAUGUUCCGGGUGUUGUGGCGUGAAUGGCUCUACAGUUACUGUGUCGUCUAUCUGAGAGUGGCUUGAGCUGGCCGUACUAUGAAUUCAAUACACAUACUUGUUCCCGACACACAUCAUAUUUUGCAAAAUUGGUGGAAAGUUUCAUGGCU